AUGGCCGACCUCGGCGUCCGUGCCGAGGCGCCCAGCCCUCAGGACUCACCCCGACCGGAGCCCCGGGCCUCGCGUGCAGCAGUAGCGGGCUGCGGCGUGGGCGAGACCCCGCGGACGGCGGCGUUGGCGCUGCGCUUUGACAAACCCAUCAAGCAGGCCUUCUACAACACCGGGGCGGUGCUGUUCGUGUGCCUGUGCUGCGGCGCCGCGGUGCUCGUGUACUUCAUCCUCGAGGCCUUCCUGCGGCCGCUGCUCUGGGCCGUGCUGUGCGGCACCUUCCUGCACCCCUUCAAGAGCUCGCUCACGCGCCUCGGCCGCCACUGGCUGCGGCGCCUGCACCGCGCGCACACGCCCAUCGUGCUGGCCGCGCUGCUGCUGCCGCUCUGCUUCGCCGACUACGGCGUGGAGGCCCUGGGCGAGCAGGCGCUGCGCCGCCGCCGCCUGUUGCUGCUGCUGGGCGCGGGCUGCCCGCUGCUCUACGGCCUCUACUGCCUGGGCAGCUACCUGGGCGUGCAGGUGCUGCUGGCGCACGCGGGCGCGCUCAUCUGCCGCGGGCUGGACUACUUCAGCAGCCUGUGGAUCUGGACAUUGGUGGUUGGUUAUGUGUUGACGGUUUCAUUCAAGUGGAAUGCAAGCACAGAGCGCUACUUGAGAGCAAUUUCAAUUCCUGUCUGGAUAAUACUGCUUUUUCAUUUAGCCUCACUGGCCGGUUCAUGGAGAAUCCCUGUGUUCCUGGUUAUUGUGUUCCUGAUGUCUGUGGGGACCCUCUAUGAAAAAUACAACGGGAAAGAGUCUGCUGGGGCAGAAUUACCAGGGCAAGUAAUCUCCAUGGCAGCUUCUACUCUGGCAAAUUUGGCCAUCUCCAUCACAGGGUAUGAGUCCAGCAGUGAAGACCAGCCCUCUGCUCAGCCUGCAGAAACUACAGACAGGAGAGAACUCCCUCCAACAUUGUGUGCUGCUGCCUCCUCCUCGUCCUCCCAGUCCUCCCCCUCCUCCCCGUCUCCCACUCUGGGCAGGCAGAGGCCUGAGAUUGGAGCGUUUCUCAGAAAGAAGAAGACGAGUGACAUCUACUUUGUGUGUCUCGUGUGGGCCAUCAUUGUUGUCCAGGUCUGGAUGAAUCUGUGGAUCGUGCAGCUGCUGCCCGUGCCUGUUGCAGUCUGGGUAGUCAAAAAGCUCGUGGUUCACUUUGGAGUGGUGGACUUCCUGGAGAAACGCUGCCACGUGUGGAGGCAGGCCAUCGAGGGCUUCCUGACAGAGCGGCGGCAGGCUUUAGCGCCGCGGCCAAUUAUUGGGCUUGGAAAAUUCUUACUGAAAAUUGACAGCAAGAUGAUCAUCUGGUUGGAGAAGAUGUUAGAUAAAAUCAUUAGCAUUUUCAUCAUAUUUUUGCUAGUAAUAGGAACCCUACUUUUAGCUCUUCUCCUGACUGCAAAGGUACAUCAAGAGAGUGUACACAUGAUUGAAGUCACAAGUAGCCUGAUCAAUGAAACGCUAGCAAACCACCCGGAGUGGGCAAAUUGGCUCCCUGAGGCUCAGGUGGUCCAAAGAGCCCUAAAUUCUGCAGCUAACAAUGUGUACCAGUAUGGACGAGAAUGGAUAACCCACAAGCUUCAUAAAAUUCUAGGAGAUAAAGUGAACAAUACUGCUGUAAUUGAGAAGCAAGUGCUAGAACUCUGGGACAGGCUCUAUCAUUCUUGGUUCGUAAAGAAUGUAACACAUUCUGGAAGGCACAAAGGGCACAAGAUGCACGUGAGUCGUCAGAACAGCUGGUUGGGAGACAUUCUGGAUUGGCAAGAUAUCGCUUCCUUCGUUCAUGAGAACAUCGAGACAUUUCUUUCGAUACUAUAUUUUGGCUUCCAGAUAUGGGAGAAGAAGAUCUUGGAGUCUCUGUGGAUUGUUAUGAGCCGGAACGUGAGCCUGCUUUUUACCACUGUCACCACGCUGCUGACCAUCCUUUUCUACAGUGGCACCGCCCUCCUCAACUUUGUGCUGUCCCUGAUAAUUUUCCUGACCACACUGUUUUAUCUGUUAAGUUCCAGCGAUGAGUACUACAAGCCGGUGAAGUGGGUGAUCAGCCUGACACCGCUCUCUCAACCAGGUCCUUCUUCGAACAUUAUUGGGCAGUCUGUGGAAGAAGCGAUCAGAGGAGUGUUUGAUGCUUCCCUCAAAAUGGCUGGCUUCUAUGGAUUGUACACCUGGCUGACUCAUACCAUAUUUGGCAUCAACAUUGUCUUCAUACCUUCAGCUUUGGCAGCAAUCCUUGGAGCAGUGCCAUUUCUGGGAACGUACUGGGCAGCCAUACCUGCGGUUCUAGACCUGUGGCUGACUCAGGGGUUGGGAUGCAAGGCCAUCUUGCUGUUGGUGUUUCAUCUCCUGCCCACGUACUUUGUAGAUACUGCCAUCUAUUCUGAUAUAUCAGGAGGUGGUCAUCCUUACCUGACAGGCUUGGCAGUGGCUGGUGGAGCGUACUACCUAGGCCUAGAAGGAGCGAUCAUUGGGCCCAUCCUUCUCUGCAUACUUGUGGUUGCUUCUAACAUCUAUAGUGCCAUGCUUGUGAGUCCCACAAAUUCAGUGCCCACACCACACCAGACCCCUUGGCCUGCUCAGACUCAGCGGACUUUCCGUGACAUCUCUGAAGAUCUGAAAUCUUCGGGAGACUGACCUGGGCUCACUGCAGUGAUUUCCUUGGGAAACUCCACCUUGACUGUGAGCUCUGUUAGCGGUAGCCUCUGUCCUGUUGGCUGUGCCCCUGGGCAGGAAUGCCCAGGAAAGAAGCCGACGCCUCCCAGCUGACAUAGCAGAACACUGAACAAGAGAGAACUUGCUCCUAGUUGCUUUGCAUCUUAAAGCACACCUCCAGGGUUCUGAGUGUGGUCUGCUCACAGAGUGUUUGCUAAGAUGGCUUGAAAAGUUUCACUUUAUGCACUGGUUACCAUGGCUUGAAAUUUUCCUACUUUGAUGAUCUCUGUUAUUAUAAUAUGUAUUUAUAAAGUUAUUUUAAGAACUCUAAACUACCUGCUAUUAAAAGAACAUUCAAGGGGGCUAGAGAGAUGGCUUAGUGUUGAGCGCUUGCCUGUGAAGCCUAAGGACCCCCGUUCGAGGCUCGAUUCCCCAGGACCCACGUUAGCCAGAUGCACAAGGGGCGCAUGCGUCUGGAGUUUGUUUGCAAUGGCUGGAGGCCCUGGCACACCCAUUCUCUCUCUCUUUCGCUCUGUCUCUUUCUCUGUAAUUCUCAAAUAAAUAAAAAGAAGAUUCAAGGUAAUUUUCUCCUAUAAAAAGUCUUAAACUUUUCUGUGACAGUCACUUUUCAGUGAAGAAGGCUUUCACUUUUGUGUAUGCAGUGUAGCAACCAGGGACAGUGAGUUUAGAGCAGUGGAUCACCCCCUCUUUGCGAAGAAGCAAGUCUUUGGGAUAAAGGUCUGCUGGCUUCCUUGUCAGUGGUAUGCUGUAGCUAGGAGACAGUAAGACCAAAGCUCCUCCUUUGCCCUCUCUGCCUCAGUAUAGUAUUGCCACGUUCUGAUACUGUGUUGACCACAUUGAAUUAUAAUACUAAAGCUGCUAUGAACAAUAUGAUAGAGACAUUGCUGUUGUUUAGUCAGUUUUCUCUCAGGUGUAAUGGUUUUCUGGUUUUUACAUGUGUCCUCCUUCAUUUGGAACCUGGCCACUUAGUUACUCAGCAGUCUAUUUUUUUUAUAUCUUCUGUCCCUUAGCACAGUGCCUUGCACAUGCAACUGUAGAUGAGUGCUCACUCCAUUGAAUUGUGACCUUUUUCAGUAUCUCAGAUACAGCAGCCAGUACAUUGCUUUACUAAAGUUUUACCCUUUGUGCUUGAUAUUUCAUAACUAUUGCACAGCAGUCCCAUACACGUUUUUGUUAUUUACAGCAGUUUUACACUGGUGAGGAAGCGGAGGUUCAGAAAAGUCACCAGUGCAAAGCCACAAAGUUUUCUACGCCCUGGUCUUGGAUCUUGCUGGAUCCAUGGACUGUACUGUAGAGCAUUCAUUUCUUUUUAGGCUUUGGGCACUUUCCCCAAUACUGUGAGCUAGAAUAGAUGAAUAGAAUAGAUGUCCCUGUCCAUCAUACCAGUGAAGACUUGUGUCACAGUUAAAGACAGGCAGGGCUGGAACUAGACCCCAGCCCCUCGUGUCAUGCCCUUCCUAACUGCUUAGAAUAAUCAGCAGGCCCUUCUGUGUCCUUGAAGAAAUAUAAAGUGGAAGAAAUUUGUGUCAAAGAUUUGCUUUUGGAAAAACAUUUAAAAGUAUGAUUUUUUUCUUCUAAAAAAAUCUCACUGAACUUAUAAAGUUAUUCUUACGGUACUUAAGGAAACCCCACAUAGUAAAGAUUAUCAUGACGUCUCCUGACUAUUGUUAAUAUACAGGAUGCUGCAUGUGGGUCUUCUAGGUGAAUUAUAAAUCCUUCAACAUUUAUAGUCUGCUGUGUUCCAUCCCAUGGUAGAUUUCACUACUACAUGACUCACUUUCUUACUUAAUCUGUUCUUCAUUUGUUCAUUAACAUGAGAGUUUGCUAAACUCUGUGCACAGUGCCAGGGGCUGCACAGGGUACUGUGGGAGCUAACUCACAAAAAGGCCUUUCUCACCCUGAAUGUUAGCCAGUUCCAUGUAAUGCUAACUCUAAAAAUUUUGCAUUAAAAUGGUUGAAAAGUGAAAUCAAGUUUGUGUUUGCCUACUGUAUAAUGACUUAAGUUUAUAAGCGCAGUUAUACUUAUUCAUAAGGGGCAGAUGUUGUAUGCAGUGAGUUAGUGUGCAGAUACAAAUUGUUACUCCAGAGUGGUUUUUUUUUUUUUAGCUGUGUGAACCAUAAUUGCAAAAGAAAAAAGGGAGGGGAAUAGUUGUUAGACUGAAAACUCAGAUCUCUGAGUGCUAAGAGGAUAGGUUAGAGCUGCCUAAAUUAGCAACAGUGAUGUAAUACCAUUCUGAAAUAUUAGGAGCAGAGGUGCCCCCGAGUGACCCACAGGAAACUUGAAACCAGUCCAUUGCUACAGUGACAGCUAAGCACUGGGAAGGUCCACCAGCUGGUGCAGUCGGAAUCAGAAAUGUAGCCCAACUGGUGCCCUCAGGUACAGGGAGGAAGUUUUACAGGAUUUUCACAGGGUAUAGAGAGUAGGUGGUAUGGCAAGCUAGAAUUCAGCUCAGGUUUCUGACACAACCUGCCUUGAACAGCUUCCAUCUUUCAUUCAGAAUUUGAUACAGGAAGAGGAGUCUCCCCUAGGAAUAGAGUGCAUCCCUGCCUGGCUUUAAAGAAGCAGCAACAACAAGAAAACACAGGUCAGAAGUGGCUUCACUAAAAACGGAGUACAGAAAUAUGUCACAGUAUUUGAAUUUUAUAGAUUCAUUCAGGGUUAGUUUUCAAGUUGAUAUUUCCUAUUCAGUAGGAAAGAAAAUGGUUGCAAGGGGAGAUAGAAGCUCUGUGCACAGAUACAGUCCUCGCUUUGCCAUGACAACAGGGCACAGGAUUUGGAGCAUCAGUUCCAUGUAAGUCCUGCUGGAAUGUCUCACUCUGUCCUGAAGUGGUCUCUGUUAGACUCUUCAUGUACUGUUAAUGUUCCAAAGUAUCCUGACUGUUGCUUCCUCAAGAGCUGUCAGCUGGUGAUUUUCCCUUCAGUUCUGAAAUGUGUAGGUUGGUGCUUGACUGUGCAAAAAAUGCCCAGAAUGUGUUCUGUGGAGAAUAUGGACACCUUGUAUUGAAACAAAAUCUGUGGGCCAAGGAGAUGGUAGUUGGUUCUUCCAGUUAAACCACUCAUAGGUGCUAACCCAGGCUUUAAUAUGUUUUAGGGACGUGUCACUAGGGCAAAAUAAAAAUUAAAAAUAAAACUCCAGACCAAGACAGAUCAGGUAAUUUAUGUAUCUUCAGAGCUUUCAACCAGACUUUAUGGGAAAGCACCCUUAGGACUUGCCAUACUGUAGCCCCGACCUUACAGUCUUCCCUAAGACUCUCCCAAGGCCUUUUCCCCAGGAUCACAGUACGACUUAAAGUGCUCUUUUCAGUGGAAAUGGUUUUUUACACAUACUCCUCAGUACCAAUUCCAGCUAAGAACAAAUACUUUUAGUUCUUGUCUUUCCAUAUUUUGCAGUUAAGAUGUAUUUAUUUCAUUAAUUACAUAGAGCCUGUAAAAAAUACACAUAUUUGAUGUUACUUUGGACAGCUUAAAAAUAAUCAGAAGAAUUGUAAAUCAAGGUGUUCUUUCUAGUAGAGUCAGAAGUUUGGUGCUAGACAAGGCCGUAUAUAAUUAAGUAACCCUAUAAUUUUCUAGUGUAGGAAACAAAUUUAUGGGCAAAGUAGCUUGUGUAACACACAGAGCCAGUUAGUAACAGAAUUCAGAGUAGAAUACAGAUUCUUUUUCUCUCAACCCACAUCCUACUUCUCUUCCUUUUUCUCAUAGCUCAGCAGAUUUUGGUCAAAAGUAUUUCUUAUGGGAGUAGUAGUUUUAAGCGAUGUUAGCAGAUGUUGUUGGAGGAAAAAACUCUGGGGGAGGAGGAUUCCAUGAUCAAUUAAAAUUGAAUGCUGUGUUUUCUUCCUUUCCUUAGGAUGUCUAACAGUUGGAUAUGUUGUGAUAUGCAUUGUGAAUUUAUGAGGGUCCAAGAGUUUCACUUUAGAUUCCUGCCCCCUCCCCCUUCUUAGAGCAUCUCAAAGAACUAUGCACCCUUUGGGCAACAUGGAUCUUGAUCGGGUUUACAGGUCUUUUUGAAGACUAUCCCUAGUGAGAAUACGGAACAGUGAAUCUGUUACUCACCUAUGGUAUGUAAAGUCAGUAUUUGUGUUUUGGUUUUUGUUUGUUUGUUUUGUUUUUUCAAGGUGGAGUCUCAUUGUAGCCCAGGCUGACUCGGAACUCACUCUGUAGUCACAGGUUGUCCUCAAACUCGCAACGAUUCUCCUACCUGUGCUUCCUAGGUGCUGGUAUUAAAAGUGUCUGUCACCACACUUAGCUUGUGUUCAGUUUUGCACAUUUUAUAAGGACCAGUUAAUGUGCAAAUACAGUGGUGAUAUUGAUGCCACAUUUUAAUAGCACUUUUGUGUGGCACUUUCCAGUUUUCAGACAGCUUUGGGAACCACCCAGUGAGCUGAGGCAGUACUAUAGACGCUGCACAGGUGAGCAGAUGUUGCACAGUUUUUGAUGUGCCUGUUUCUCCCCUCGCCUGGUGGCAAUUUCCCCUCCGUUUCUCUCACAAAAGGCUGGAGCCAGAACUCAGUUGCAGAACUUCUGACUCCAAGUCCAGUACUCUUUGCGUUUGGUCUGUUCCUCUAUUUUAUGUGUUACAGAAAAAAGUAUGGAAACAAACCGUAGCACCAUAUUGUUGUGGCUUAUUGUGAAGUACCAGAUCUUUCGUUUUGGAGUGACCCAGUUGUGUGACUCAUCGGUAACUGCCCCAGAGAAAACUGUUUGUCUUUUACAGUGCCAGUUGUUCAGGUGCCUCAAUUGUAUUUCAAAUAUGACUUGAUUGUGACACUGAGAUCGAAUGUCCCAUUGUAAUUAUUAUACCGAAAAUGUAUCACCUCUGCUUCCUUAGGCGACGGGGAGAUGCUUUGAUAGGAAGAGCAAUCAGAUAUGACCAACACUCCUGAUUCCUGAGUAGGUGUUUGGUUUUUAGCUUUAACCUGCUUUGACAACCUACUGAUGUAACUUCUUUGUAAAAUGUAAAAUAUUUAUAUUUUGAAAUAAAAGUGUUGAAUGAACCA